GUCUCUCCUGCCCCGGAAUAUUUUCCCACUCGGCCUGCCAUCUGGCACCACGACGCACGCCGUGCCCCCAUUGCUAGCAGCCCGCCCAUAGACGUCGCACUCGCUCUUGUACUCCUUUCCCUUCUCUACCUCUGCACCACUUCCAUUACAUUUUUGGUCUAAUACACUACUCGCAUUUUUCGCAAUGGCAGCCGGCAACUUCUCGCUGCCCCCGGGGCAGCACCCUUACUACCCCAUUGAGAAGGAGAUUGUGGGCUAUCUGGCCAACGAACUGGGCACGCUGGACCUGCUGCUCAUGUUCGCUGCUGGCUGCGUCGCCAUUUUCAGUGUCACGUACGUGAUGGUCAAGCGUCUGCGUCCCAAUGCCAGCACCGGCGACCUGUCCACCAUCAUGUGGUUUGUGCUGUGCGGCUGCAUCCACUCGUUCUUCGAGGGCUACUUCGCCUACAACUUUAGGAAUAUGGGCGGAUUGAACGAUCUCUUUGGCCAGCUGUGGAAAGAGUACGCGCUCAGCGACUCGCGUUACUUGACCCAGGAUGCCUUCGUUCUGUGCAUGGAGACAGUCACCGCUGUAUUCUGGGGCCCCGGUUCCUUCCUCUGCGCCUACCUCAUCGCCAUCGACCACCCGCUCCGCUACUCGGCCCAACUCAUCGUCUCGCUCGGCCAGUUCUACGGCGACGUACUGUACUAUGCUACCUCGCUCUUCGACCACUACAUUCUCAACCUGUCAUACUCGCGUCCUGAACAGUUCUACUACUGGGGCUACUUCGUCCUCAUGAACGCUUUCUGGAUUGUCAUCCCAGGAUACCUCAUGUACCAGAGUGUCAUGGCCACUUGGAGCGCGUUUGCGGCUGUCAACGAUGCGGCAAAGCUCGUUGAGAAGAUGGGCAAGAAGCGCAACUAGAAGGAUGCUCUCUGCAUCAGACGCAUACAAGCUGUACCACUGAGGAGGACACCUAUACCGCUGGAGUGGAGGAGCGACUUAGCCAAUGACAUUAUUUCUAUGGGUUGAUUGUUGGGAUGGUUUGAAAAAGCAUUUUGGAUACAGACACGGUACUUGAUACCCUAGUUUUGAAGGCGUGGCUUGCAUAGGAUGCGUUAGAUCGAUAGACUCGGAUAAUGCUAAUAGAAGAUUAUGGCAAGAAGACACCAGCUUCAGAACUCCUUUAUGUUCCCGGAAACUCAGCAGGUAACGCCGG